CACGUGCUGGUGAACUGAUUUGUUUUUGCUUUUUGGCAUUCGCUUAUUUCGGUCUGUUGACAGCUUUUGCAAUCAGCUUAAACCGCACUUGUUACCUAUUUUCUCGAAGUUGUUUUGCUGGGAGAAUUCCUGCUGAAAUAAUUUGUUUUUGGCUUUCUGGUUCAUUAUUAACUGCUUAUUCCUUUACGCCACGAAUUCAGGAUAUCCUUUAAGUUAAGCUACACAUAUUGCAAAGAAUGUCGUCCGCUCGAAUUAAUGGAAACCUUGCUGAACGCGAACAAGUCAUUAUUUUGGAGAAUUUCAUUCGUGGAGAAUUUGUCGCGAGCGAAAACUUAGGAUACAUUAACAGUUAUGAGCCAUCCACUGGACAGGUAUGGGCGCAAUUGCCGGAUUCCGGCGACGAAGAAGUCUGUCGAGCAGUUACUGCGGCGAAAAAUGCAUUCCCAAAAUGGUCUUCACUUUCGACGCACGAACGAGCGUCCUACCUCAACAAAAUUGCCGAUUUAAUCGAACAGCGGCUGGAUGAAUUCGCCGAAGCUGAAUCGCGCGAUUCCGGUAAACCCGUGGCAUUGGCGAGAUUAGUCGACAUUCCCAGAGCGGUGCAUAAUUUCAGAUUUUUUGCUUCCGCUGUUCAGCAUUACAUUUCCACCUCGAAUUUUAACGAUCAGCAUGGUGCUUUAAACUACGUUCACCGCUCGCCAGUGGGUGUGGCUGGACUGAUAUCGCCCUGGAAUCUACCGCUUUAUCUGCUCACUUUCAAGAUUGCGCCGGCGAUUGCCGCUGGCUGCACGGUGGUUGCAAAGCCAAGCGAAAUGACAUCGGUCACAACUUGGAUGAUGUGUAAAGUAUUCCAGGACGUAGGACUUCCGGCUGGCGUUGUGAAUGUGGUUUUCGGCUAUGGUGGGAAAGUUGGAGAAGCAUUAGUCAAACAUCCAGACGUUCCAGUAAUCUCUUUUACCGGAAGUACACCGAUUGGCCAACGGAUUACGGCCGUUAGUGCGCCUUUUUGCAAAAAGUUAUCACUCGAGUUGGGAGGAAAGAACGCCGCUAUAAUUUUCGAUGACGUGAACCUCGACGAAGUCGUGCCUGGUUCUGUCCGUUCGAGUUUCAUGAACCAGGGCGAAGUGUGCUUGUGCAGCAGUCGAAUUUUCGUGCAGCGUGGAAUCUACGACGAGUUCCUCACGAAAUUUACAGAAGCUGCAAAGAAAUUUAAAGUGGGCGUUCCGAGUGACCCAUCCGUAAACAUGGGUGCCCUGAUCAGUGAACAGCACCGCGAGAAAGUCAGAAGCUUCAUCCAGCUGGCGGAAAGUGAAGGUGCAACUAUCAAUUGCGGAGGCGAUCAAGUUCCUGAAUGCAUUCCAGAAACCCAUAAAAACGGAUAUUAUCUUGCUCCUACUGUAAUUAGCAACAUUUCCGACCGGUCGCCGUGUAUGCAGGACGAAAUUUUCGGCCCCGUGACCUGUGUGGUUCCAUUCGAUAACGAGGAAGAGGUGGUUGAGCGCGCCAAUGCCGUCAAGUACGGACUGUGCGCUGUGGUGUGGACGAAGGAUCUGAGCCGAACACAUCGCUUGGCCCGGAAACUGCAUGUCGGCACCGUGUGGGCCAACUGCUGGCUGGUCCGGGAUUUGAAUAUGCCGUUUGGAGGGUCGAAGGCGUCGGGGAUUGGGAGAGAAGGCUGCAAGGAAUCGCUGGAUUUCUACACUGAAUCCCGGACAGUCUGUAUAAAACUCGGUUAAGUCUGUUUUCUCACUGUACACACAUUUCUCAGUAACUCCGUAUUGCCAUUUUGACGGUAUUUUUGCAGGCAUAAGUAUGCUCAAUGGCUUUGUUAGUAUUUUUUGUGUGCCCUUCUAUGGGUGACUGUAACUGGUAGUUCGCUUUUUUUGGCAGUCUGGGGUAGGCCGUGCUGUAUUACAAUACGUCGAUACGCACUGUUUUUUUUUGUGGGACGCUUAGCGACAUUUAUGAUUUUCAUAGUUUUAAUGUUGAAGGGUUUUAUGCGAAAUAGCAAAUUAAAAACUCGAUGUGCA